CAAGAACAACAAAUUUUGUAGAAGCUUAAAGAAACCCUGCACAAAGAGAUUCGAGACCGUCUGCGUUUCGGAUACGGCUGUGGACUGCAAAUUACAACGGAUACACAGUGACUGCGCUGAGCGUAGCUUCGCUCCAUACGGAGCACGCCAGUUCGUAGCGGGAGCACGCAGCGAGCGGACGCCGUAGGCUUUCGUAGCGACCGCUACGCGUUAUGUGCGAGCCUGCAAUAUACGUGGCCCAACGUAAACAAAAAGUGAUAUGAGUUGUGCGUCCCCAAGCGCAGUAUCGAGACUGACUUUACUAAUACUAACUUUCGUUGUGUCGUGUUCCUUCAUCGCCAGUGUAGUGUGGCUAUUGCGAACUAAAAGCUCGGCUAGCCAAUAUGAGAAUUAUUACUUGUCGAGAAUUAAUAUAAGCGUGCGACAGGAAAGCAAUAACGCAACUACGCCGACUAUAUCGGAUCAUUACAAGGACUUGAUUAAAAUCGAGAUAGCGAUGCGCCGCGUGGAGGAGAACAGUAGGCGAUUGAAGGAGUACACCAAGUCAUUGUUGUGGGAUAAUAAAGACAAGUCUCUUUGGUGCGUUUUAUUCAAAGACAGUGAACGGGGUACGAGUAAGCCAGUGUUACGGGGAAAGAAUAGACAUUCCAUAGACGAGGAAUAUAUACGGGCGUUGAGAGAACAGAAAAUGAGGGAAGCUGUCAUACAUCUCAGGCACCACGGGAACCAUCACCGGAGACACCCGGACGCGCUACCUAAUAUGCCCUAUAUAAAAUAAAUGAAAACGUUAAUGUUUGUGUAUAAUAAAUAAAUGUAUAUGCCAGUUAGCGUAUUACGUGUAAGGACUCAUGUGUAUAUAUUUUUGUAUAAGUGUACAGACGACGUUUAUGGAGCACUGUUUGUUGACUUCAGACAAUACUUGAAUAAAUCAUCGGAAAUUUGU